GUCCAGGCAGAUGGGACGGAUGGAAACUGUGUCACAUUUGUGUUGCACGAUGAGGACCACACACUUGGCAAUGCCCUCCGCUAUAUGGUCAUGAAGAACCCUGAUGUGGAGUUCUGUGGCUACUGCAUCACGCACCCCUCCGAAAGCAAGAUCAACUUCCGGAUCCAGACCAGAGGGGGCCUUCCUGCUGUUGAGCCGUUUCGGAAGGGGCUGAACGACCUGAUGGGUGUUUGCCAACACGUGCUCAACACAUUUGAGAGGAGCAUGAAGGAAUACAGGGCCCAGAGGGAGGAAGAGAUGCAGUAG